AUGUCUGGUUGGAAAUACGCAUAUUCUUUGUCCAAGGCUGAAGUCAAGGACGCAACCCCUCCGGGAACAGUCCGCCUUGUUGACCAUCACGUUUACGACAAAGCCCUGGAGGCUGGGCAUACUCGACCAGAUACUUCAGACUCCUCAAGCGAUGGAAUCGUCCGCUUUCCUAGGCCUUCUGCGGACCCGGCCGACCCUCUCAAUUGGUCAUCAUGGCGCAAAAUUGCCUUGCUGUUGAUCGCUUCCAGCUACGCCUUCGUCGGCAACUUUGCGAGCUCAGGGCUGGCGCCAGCCUUGCAGGCCUACAACAUGAACUUUCCCACCGACCCUCAGCCUUUCUCUCAACUCACGCAGCUUAUUGCUGUUUCUGUCCUCAUGAUGGGCGCCUCGAACAUCUUCUGGGUCCCUCUGUCAAACAUCUAUGGCAGACGGCCUGUCCUCCUAGUUGCUACUCUGCUCAUGACGCUUUCGUCCAUGUGGGGCGGCCUUGCUUCGUCCUUCAAUUCCCUCCUUGCUUCGAGGAUAUUUCAAGGGGCUGGAGCUGGGCCGUCUGAAACGACGGCCCCCGCCCUUAUUGGAGAGGUCUUCUUCCUGGACUCACGAGGCAGGGCCAUGGCUGUCUAUACAACAUUCCUCAGUCUCGGAUCCAUCAUCGGCGGCAUCACUGGAAGCUACAUUGCCUUCCACCACGGAUGGGCCUAUGUCUUCUGGGUGACCACUGCUUUAUCUGCGGCGUGCUUCGUUGGCACGCUGUUCUUUGCGCCCGAGACGCUCUACUCCAGGCGCAAUGAACUGCCGCCACGGGCUUCUCACACCCAGCAGGAUGCGCCCAAGGUCGCAGAGACUUUGCACGUCGAGAGCUUUCCACACACCAACGCCUCAAGCUCACAAUACCGCUCCUUCACAUUCGUUCGAUCUCUUGGGUUCGGUCCUGUCCAGCGAGGUAACACCCUGGCGCAUUUCAUCCAACCUUGGAAGACACUGGCUCUGCCGGGAACCUGGGUGGUCAUGCUUCAUUACGCUGGACUUGUCGGUGGGAUCGUGACCAUUUCCACUAUAGGAGCUCAGCUUGUUUCUCAGCCACCUUAUCUCUGGGGUGAAAAUGCCGGUUUGAUUAAUGUCGGCCCAAUUAUCGGGGCGCUUCUAGGCGCAGCGUUUACAUACUUGACCUCUGACGCGAGGUUGCUCGGCCAGGCCAAGCACGAAGGCCACGGCUUCGCCGAGCCGGAGAGCAGGCUGCCGACCAGCUUCCCAGGGCUGUUCAUUGCUACGAGCGGCCUCUUCGUGUUCGGUUUCUGCGCACAGUAUCCAGGGCCAAAGGUUUGGGUCGGCCUGGAGGUCGGGUACGCGAUGCUUUCAUUCGGUUUGAUGCAGGUCCCCUCUAUCGACUUCAACUAUCUCAUCGAUUCGUACUCGCACGUUGCGGGUGACUGCUUUGUCAUUGUCACGAUUCUGCGAUCUGUCAUCUCGUUUGCAUGGACCUUUUUCGUGGCGGACUGGGUUGCCCAGAAAGGACCAGCCGAGCCGUUCGGAAUAUUUGGCAUGCUAUUGGGCAUCUUCAGUCUAUUGACCAUUCCACUGUGGCUGUUUGGGAAGCGCAUGAGGAUCGCGACUGCUGGUCACUUGGACGUCAAAUACUAA